AUUACAGGCUGUUAUUCAAGAUGGGUCGUUCCUUUGGCAACCUAACAAAAGUGAGGGGUAUCAUCUCAUACAGUUUAUCGCCAUUUGAACAGCGGGCAUUUGCUGGUUUCUUCAAAGAUGGGCUUCCCAAUGUCUGGAGACGAUUUCACAGCCGAAUUUUCAGAAUUGCUCCACCAUUCAUAAUAUACUACAUGGUGUACAGGUGGGGUACUGACGCAAAUAAGAAGUCCAAGAGGAAAGAUCCUUCACUCUACGUCAAUGAUGUAUAACUAUAAGUAGCAGCUUGCCGUGUGAUUGAAGAACUGUUAUACCACUUCUUGAUAUACGUUGUGUUUGUUACAUCUUACCUCCUCUUUGAAGCAUAUACCUUCAUUAUAUGUAAAUGUUAUCAGCUGUUUGAUCUACUGGCACAGGACAGUGUGUGUGUGUUAAAUAAAAAAUCUUCAUUGUUUUAUGAGUA